AGUCAAUUUAGUACAUUGGUGUGUUCGGCGACUUUUUUUUUCAGUACGAAAAUUCUGAGUGUGACACUCAAUCGGCUCAGUAAGUCCACCAAUCUUGUCUUGAACGGGUGUUCAAUUAUAUGUUCAUAUAAUUAUCACAAUAUUGCGGAGUUAAAUUCGACAAAUAUCAUGGGGUAUAAAAUAUCCGUAUGCGGCAUCGCAUUGUUUUUUGGAUUCCUCUCAAUAAGCUGCACGAACGCCGAUGUAAUAACUGCGGUAAACAAAAUGAUAAUAGACACCGAUGCAGGUGGCGACGAUGCAAUCGCCCUUUCCAUGGCUGUGGAGAACGAAAAAUGGAACGGGUGUACGAAAAUAAUUGGCAUCACAUGCGUAAACGGUAACGCUUACGUCGACACCGUCGCCCUGAACGUUCUCAAGACACUAAAAGUCCUUGACAGGCUCGACAUUCCAGUCUACAAGGGUGCAUCUCAUCCGCUGCUGUUACCUGAUGUAAAAGAUCACUAUUUUGGCCAGGAUGGUUUCGGGGACUUUUACUACCCUGAUCCUCCCUCGACUGACUUGAUCAACCAGAAGGACGCUGUGAGCGCGAUGAUUGAACUCGUAAAGCAGCAUCCAGGCGAGGUCACGAUCCUAGCUUUGGGACCACUGACGAACAUCGCCUUAGCUAUUAGAAUCUAUCCCGAAUUCCUGGAGAAGCUGCAGCAGCUGAUCGUCAUGGGUGGAAGUACCGAAGGUCGAGGAAACGCGCAGCCUGGAAUGGAAUUCAACUUUGUUGCCGACCCCGUGGCAAACUUCAUCGUGUUGAACUCGUCAACGCCAAGGCCGACGACCCUGAUAUCUUUGGAAACAACGAAAAGAGCCGGUGUGCCGACGACAUUAAGGAAUUCGUUGUUCAAGUCGAACAAUAGAAAAACCUGGCUAAUCGAGUCUGCGACGGCUUUAACCCGGAAACCGAGCGACGAGUUCUCGUACUGGUCUGAUUCAGUUGCUGCAUCCGUGGCCCUGACUUCCGGUUCCAUUGUGACAAAGUCGAAUACUUUCUUUUCGGAAGCUAUUUAUGACGGAACAAAAACGGCGGGAAUGAUUAUCGUCGACUAUACGAAUAUCACCAAACAUACCCCCAACACUUACUUGGUACAGGAAGUGAACGAAAGCAUUUACUUGGAUUUACUUUCAAAAUAUUUGAGUUGAUUUAUUUACUUCCUUGUUGUAAUUUCAAUAUAAUUUUUAGUCAAAUUUUAAAUGAUAAAUAAAUUAUAGAUAAAUCGGAAAAACUUGACAAAGUUGUGUAUGUUUU